GAGCGAGGGCUUCGGAGAUGAAUGAUAAGUGUGGACACUACCAGAUGGGACAGACGAUGAAGGUGUACAUCGACCCGUUUACCUACGAGGACCCGAACGAGGCGGUGAGGGAGUUCGCCAAAGAGAUCGAGGCGUCCUUCGUGAAGAUAGAGGAGGUGAUCGGAGCAGGUGAGUUUGGCGAGGUGUGUCGCGGGCGGCUGAGGGUCCCGGGCCGGAAGGAGAACUACGUGGCGAUCAAGACUCUGAAGGGCGGCUACACGGAUAAGCAGAGGCGGGACUUCCUGUCGGAGGCGUCCAUCAUGGGUCAGUUCCAGCACCCCAACAUCAUCCACCUGGAGGGCGUCAUCACCACUUCCUGUCCCGUCAUGAUCCUCACCGAGUUCAUGGAGAACGGAGCUCUCGACAGUUUCCUGAGGAUGAACGACGGGCAGUUCACCACCAUCCAGCUGGUGGGGAUGCUGCGUGGGAUCGCGGCGGGGAUGAAGUACCUGUCCGACAUGAGCUUCGUCCACCGAGACCUGGCAGCUCGCAACAUCCUGGUCAACUCCAACCUGGUCUGUAAGGUGUCAGACUUCGGUCUCAGCAGGUUCCUGACUGAAAACUCGUCCGACCCGACCUACACCAGCUCUCUGGGAGGAAAGAUUCCUAUUCGCUGGACGGCUCCCGAGGCCAUCGCCUACAGGAAGUUCACGUCAGCCAGCGACGCGUGGAGUUACGGCAUCGUCAUGUGGGAAGUGAUGUCAUACGGAGAACGGCCAUAUUGGGACAUGAGCAACCAGGAUGUGAUUAACGCCAUCGAGCAGGACUACCGGCUGCCCCCGCCGCCGGACUGCCCCUCCUCCCUGCACGCGCUCAUGCUGGACUGCUGGCAGAAGGAACGAGCCAACCGGCCGAGGUUCUGCGACGUGGUGGCGGCGCUCGACAGGCUGAUCCGAAACCCCGCCUCUCUAAAAGUGACGCAUCAGGAGGGUCCGAGCCCGUCCCAGCACCUGUUGGACCAGCGCGUCCCCCCUCCCCUCUCGGCCUGUGGUUCAGUCUCCGAGUGGCUCCGAGCCAUAAAGAUGGAGCGAUACGAGCAGAGCUUCCUGCAGGGCGGGUUCACCAGCCUGGACAUCGUCUCGCAGCUGAACACUGAGUGAGA